AUGAGCUGUAGAGUUUUCGUUCCUUACGGAAUAACAGAGACUGAUCCCAAAUUGAUCAGCAAAUCUAACAAAGAAAAGGAGGGUCCAUGGUUUAUUGAGAAUAUAAUUUUGAGACAAAUUCCAUCAAUUCAGGAGACACUGGUAUCCUGUAAAGAUAUGAUAGUUGAUGAGAGCAACGAGAUAAAGUUACCUAUUUCAUCCAGAAACUCUGAUGUAAUCAAAGGAGUUAUUAUCAGAAAACAGUGUGAGAUAGUAGGAAUCAACUUGAUUUUGAAGGGCUUUCCCGUUAAGCAUUUGGAGUUGAAAGCUAAUGAGAGAGUUGUUAUUCCUCAGUUGAAUGACGGAGUGCAUGAAAUCGAUCAGGCAUUGAUUAGUAUCGACCGUUUGUUUCAACUUUAUAGUGAUGGAACUCACUUUGAACGCUACUUGGAUGUUUUAACUGAGUUUCAUGGACAUAUCAAACUAGCUAAGGAUAGCUUGAAACUGCCAUCACCAGAUUAUUUGUUCCCUCGAUACAGAAACGUAAAAGCUUUGGAGCCAGAACUUCCAGUUAGCAUGUCCUUAGACUUUUACAUCAAUAAUGGAGAUAUAUGUCUGGAAAUCAACAAGUUGCAUCAAUCCCACGCCGUCCCUUGGAGCAUUAUUGUCAACAAGACCAAAAGACAAAGUUUUGUUGAUGUUGUCAGAACUCAAAUUAGCAAAAAUCGGGAAGACUCCAUAAAUGAGAUUGUAGACAUGGAGUACAAGAAGCUACUAAGGUGGCUUGAUAGUGAGAGUGGCACUGCUAUCGAAGAUGACAAUAAUCAUCACAAGAAGUCAUUACAGGGAAGAGGUGUUGGCGGAGUGCUUAGCGGUCUUUUCUUCAAUGGAGGGUCCAGUUUCAGAAAUUGCAAUAAGUAUUUGCAGAAUUAUUUGACGUAUUUGGACAACGAUAACCAACCAAUUGUUGUUAUGGUGGAGGAAAAGUUUGAAGUUCUGAGCUCAGACCCUAUCCUUAUUAGUACAAGUACAAAGUUGGAGACCCUGGAGCGCGUAGUUGAAAAGAUGAUAGAAAAUUUCCAGGUGGUCAACUAUAAAGAUAACAGAUAA